AUGACGGAAUCACUGAAUCAUCCGCAAAUCAAUGAUGGAUGGUUUCGUGAGAAAGAGACGCUUUGGCCUGGGCAAGCCAUGUGCUUAAAAGUCAAGGAAAUUCUGCACGUUGAAAAAUCAUUGUAUCAGGAUGUAUUGGUGUUCAAAUCCGAGACUUAUGGCACUGUUUUGGUUUUGGAUGGUGUAAUUCAGUGUACUGAGCGUGAUGAAUUUUCUUAUCAAGAAAUGAUUACGCAUCUAGCGUUGAAUUCUCAUCCAGAUCCGCGUAAGGUAUUAGUGAUAGGUGGUGGAGAUGGUGGAGUACUACGUGAAGUCAUUAAACACGAAUCUGUUGAAGAAGUAACACUGUGUGAUAUUGAUGAGGCAGUUAUUCGCGUCUCUAAAAAACAUUUACCAGGAAUGGCAGUUGGAUUCAAUCAUGACAAAGUUAAAGUGUUUAUUGGUGACGGCUUUCCGUUCUUAGCAGAUAAAGUAAAAUCAUUUGAUGUUAUUAUAACUGAUGCUUCGGAUCCAGUUGGACCUGCCGAGUCACUAUUCCAAGUGAAAUACUUUGAAUUAAUGCGCAAUGCUUUACGACCUGGUGGAAUUAUCUCAACUCAAGGUGAAUGUCAAUGGCUUCAUCUUUCACUCAUCAAAGAAGUACAAACAUACUGUCGCUCACUAUUCCCAGUUGUCGAAUACGCAUUCACCACAAUCCCAACUUACCCAUCGGGCCAAAUCGGAUUCACGGUCUGUUGCAUCGAAGAAGGACGUAAUCUUCGAAAACCGAUACGCCGAUUCACUCCGGAGCAAGAGGCAAAGUUGUUUCGGUAUUAUAAUGCGGAAGUGCAUGAGGCGGCUUUUGCGUUGCCACAGUUUACGAAAAAUGCUUUGGCUGAAUAA